CGUAAGUGUAACAGCGGAUUUCUGGGCGAGGCAGUGCGUCAUAGGUAGGACGAGUAAUUGUAGAAGUUUUUUCGUGUCGAUUUCGACAACAUAUCGCUAAAAUGAGCGACGAUAAACCUUUUUACGAGCCCCAGGAAUCUGAUGAGGAUCCGAAGCCGAAAUUCGAGCUCUAUAUCAAGGCCUCCAGUAUCGAUGGAGAAAUGAAAGGAUCUUGUCCGAUCUGCCAACAGUGGUUCAUGAUCGCCUAUCUCCUGGCCGAACAGAAGAAUGCAAGCUUUAAGGUUUUCACAGUACAGGCCAACACACCACCUCAGACAUUCAAAGACAAAGUCCAAAGCAAAAUAUUCCCAGUAGUGAUCGGAACGAGUGGCAAAAAUGUCAAUGGUCAGGAUAUUUCUGGGAUCGUUUAUGACAAUUAUGACGAUGUUGAAAAAUUCUUUGAGAGUAUAAACUUUAACUGCCCUAAACUGAAGAGAACCCAGCAGGCCAAUGUUGCAAGUUUGAAAAUAUUUGAGGAUUUAUAUAAGAACUUCAAUUUAUUCUUACAAAACCCGAGCAGUGAUGGCAAGAAGUUGUUAUCAGACUUACGGAAUUUGAACAGCCAUCUGGAGAUGCAGGAAACCCCGUUCUUGACGGGACCAUCCCUUGCCUAUGCUGAUUGUGUCUUGCUGCCAAAACUACAGCACAUACGUCUAGCUGGAGAGCAAUACAGGGACUUUAAAAUUCCAGAGGAAUUUACUGCUAUUUGGGAUUAUAUGGAACGUGGAUACCAGACAACAGCUUUCAGUGCAACUCUUCCCUCAGAUCAAGACAUAGUUAAACACUAUGAAAUGAGAGCAGCUGGAAAAGGCAUCAAGGGACGCCCCACAUUACAGAAACAGACAUACACAAUGAGCGUACCUAAACGUGUUCCCACGACAACGGUCAAUGGUGGCGGGGAUGGCGAGGGGUCAAAUGGCAUGGAUGAGUCCGGGGAAUAAACUGGCUGUUGUACCUUAAAUGUGAUGCAGAAAUGUGUAUGACUCCAUGGUGCAUUAACUAUUAUGGGUAGUGUCAAACUUCUAGCCUUGUUGUAAUGGGUGUGGAGACAGUCAAAGGGAAAUUACUCUGCUAGAAAUUUGGGACAGGCCCUGAUAUGCAAUGCUUAUCAAGAAAUAUAAAUCUUAGAAAAGAAAGUCAAACUAUGACCAAUCAGGACCUUUUUGCAUGUAAAGCCAUUCCUGAGGAAAAUGUGGCACAUAUAACAAUUGUGUUGUGUUAAAAAAAAAACAGGAAAGAAUGUUUUAUUUAUAUUUUUGCUAAGACUUAUCAUUUAUGCAACACAUUAUUUAGUAAUAUCUACCGCAUUUGUAAUAGGUUGAAAGUUGUUUGUUCUUAUUUAAGCAAAUUCUGAAAUGUACUGUAAAGUUGUUUUUAUUUUUUUAAUGGGAUACUUUGCUGCAUAGUGAAAUAUUUUUUUAUAUUCUCUUAACAUGUUGGGUGGUCAAUGCAAAGCAAUUAUAUUGUUAAGUUUGUCAGCUGUUACCAUGUAUUCUGCCACGUUGUAUUUUUUUGCUUGAUUUCUUCUAAUUCUGGUCAUUUUUUUCUUUUAGAAUAUCUGUAUCUUGUAAACUUAAUUAUAACAUUUAUUGACAUGUCUCCUUUCAUUUAUAUCAAUGAAAAAAAAAACACCAAAUAUUUAAAAAAAUUUAUAUAUACAUAUGUAUAAGUCAUUGUAAACUAGACUAUAUUUGUUAAAAGUUAUAGGUAUAGUUAUAAAAAGUACAUAUCCCAUAAUUGUGCCUUCUAGUGAUGAAUUUCGAGGAGCCAUGUCACCAAAGAUUCUUGUAUACCUCUAGUGUAAUACCAGCCUCGGCUGUCUAUACUCCCAUGUUGUUAUAAAUGUAGGUCAUUUUUUUCUCCAUUUUUGUCACAAAAAUGUAUAAACUCUUGCAAACUUGCCAUAGACUUUAUUUUUUAAACAAAGAUGUAUUUAGUUAUUUGACUAAUUUGUACACUUGAGUAGAAUUUUUUAAAAAUGCAUUCAACAAUCAGCUUUUUUUAUUAAACUACAUGUACUUGAUUUUUUCUUCCAAUGAUUGUUUGUAUUUCAUAAUCAGUUAAAUAAUUAAAAACCUCGUAUUAAAAAAAAUGUUCAUUGAAGGAUUGGCAUGAUGCGGAUUAUUUAACAAUAUGAUUUGCAACAUGUUAUCUUACUUUGAACUUUCAGAGCCUACUUUGGAGGCAAGGACCAAAUCAGAGAUGACAGAUUUCUUGUCUGCUAAAAAGGGACUAACUUUUGAAAUUGAUAAAAUCAGCAGAAAUUUGUAUGAUUAUUGUACAUGAUUGUGUGUGUGCUUCAUAUGGUACAUAUUGUUAAUACAAUGUAUACAAGGUUAUAAUAAAUGUAUUAUACAGAA